AUGCAAAUGCUUCGCCUUCAGAGUACCCAUCGAAGGCCACGUUCACUAUGCAGCUGCGGAUACAGGAUUGUCCUGUCACUACGGAAAGCAGAAGUGAAACGCAACCUGCAGACGUUUCUCGUUGAAACUCACCUCCCGAUUCAAUCUGUUCGUGUUUUAGUCCGGUGUAGCUGGAUUGCCGCCGGAUCUCCAGCGAGCGCGAGCAUUCCCGCACUGAAACGCUGCGCUGCAAACAAGAAUCGGGAGGCCCGAGUGCUUUAUUCUCGUGUCGGGCUUGGCCAAAUGAGGUCAAACAGUUCUUGCUCCACAGGUCGUGGCAUCUACAGCGGAUGCGUACCCAUUCAGAUAUACCCGAAGUCGUCGAAGAUUCGGAAAUGA